AUGUCAUCAAGAAUGAGAGACAAUGGAAUCAACUUCGUUCGUCGAAUGGUGAGCAUUCCUCGGAACAUGUUAGACGAGUUCUCAAGGGCCAUGAAUCAAGGGAUGGAUUUAAUCAAUGGAAGAACAAACUAUCAUCAUCAUCAUCAUCAUCAUAAUCAAAGUUUGCAUUUUCAGCAGCCCUCAACCUUCCCAUUUCAAGCCCCUUCAAAUCUCCACCCACAGCAACAACUACCCUCAACAGGCCAUGAACAGUGGGACUUCCUAAAUACUUUCGAGCGGCAGUACGGCACAGCGCAUCCAUUUUUCUACGCGUGUCGGUUCACAGAUGCGCUUAAGAUGGCUCGAGAAGAGCGCAAGUUGGUGUUUGUGUACAUACAUUCCCAAGAACACCCCUUUACUCCAUCUUUUUGCAGGGAGACCCUUUGUUCUGAGGUGAUUGUGCAGUUUCUUGAUGUGAAUUUCGUGUGCUGGGCGGGGAUUUCUGACAGAGGGGAGGGUCUGCAGAUGGGUAGUGUGUUGGGGGUUUUGAGUUUUCCGUUUUGUGCAGUGUUGGCCCCGGCUGCCGGUGAUAAUCUUGCUGUGCUUCAACAGCUGGAAGGUCCCGUUGCCCCUGCCGAUCUAGUCGAGAUUCUUCAAAGAACGAUUGAGGAACAAGGACCUGCAUUCGGGAGUGGCCUGUUUCGGCAGGAAGAAAAAAGAAUGGAAGAUCAACGGCUAAUAGAGGAUCAAGAUAUCGCCUAUAUAGCAGCUCUACAGAUUGAUCAGGAGAAAGAAAGACUCCAAAAGAAGUCGAGUUCCGAAGCUGAACCCAACAAAGCUAAACCAGCCAAAUUUAUUGCACAAACUUCUCAGAAAGCACAUACAAGUGGCGUGCAAAAGGCUGAGGUAACUCAGAUUUUGAUUCGUUUUCCUAACGGGGAGAGGAGGGAACACGGGUUCUUGUGCACGGACAAGGUUCGAGCAAUUUAUGAGUACGUAGAUUCGUUAGGCCUUCCUGAUGUUGAGAACUACAGGUUGAUUUCAAAUUUCCCUCGAAAAGUAUACGACGAAGAUCAAUUGGGGCUGUCUGUCAAAGAAUCUGGGCUUCAUCCUAAAGCAAGCCUUUUCGUGGAGCUUCUUUGAAUUAGUCAGCUCCUGAGCAGUCACAACAUACUCUCUGCCUCUUUCCCUUUGUGUGCUAAUGUUUUUCGUUUUUUGUCCAGAUGAUUUGUACUUUGCUGUGUUGUAGACAGUGCAUUAUAGUUUAUAGUUGACAUAUCAGAGAGUACACUUGUUUAUAUGAGUUAUCAAAUGGAUGGCUGAGAUGAUCUAGCCAUUGGGAUCCAACGGUUAGUCCUGCAAUCUGACCUUUUUCAAAUUUUAAAUGGAUAUGAAGC